AUGAGCGUGCUGGGGUGGCCCUCGCCACGCCUCUUCGCUGGUGCUUCCCUGCUUCAAGGCGCUACCGAAGUGCUCACCUCCGAGGCGGAAACAGCGAAAGCUCUAAUCUACGGUCCUCACAUUGGCCACCCACCACUACGAGAAAGCAUUGCCCAAUGGCUCUCGAAGACCUAUAAUGUUGCUACCAACAUGGAUCGCAUCUGCAUAACCAACGGCGCGUCCGCAAAUCUAUCAAACAUCCUACAGAAGUUUACCGACCCAAUAUACACACGCCAAGUUUUCAUGGUCGAACCAACGUAUUUCCUAGCCUGUCCAAUCUUCGAGGACAACGGAUUCCGUGGGAAGUUGAAAGGUGUGCCUGAGAGUGCAGAUGGUAUCGAUAUUGCAUUUUUGCGUGACGCACUGCAAGCAACAGAGGCAGUUGCGGUAGCCGAGCAGAAUAUGACACCGAAGCUCAAGUCUGGAAAGACAUACGUCAAAGUGUACAAAUAUGUGAUUUACGUGGUUCCGACUUUCGCCAACCCGAGUGGGAAGACGAUGAAUUUAGAAUCGCGCAAGAAGCUUGUAGCAUUGGCAAGAGAGUUUGAUGCUCUGAUUGUAUCGGACGAUGUGUAUGAUUUUCUUAGCUGGUCGGUCGACCCUACCGCGACUGACCAUGUCUCCGGGUCAGUUCCGUUGCGACUAGUCGAUGUCGACAGCGCGAUGGAAGGAUACAGCGAGUUUGGGAAUACAGCUAGCAAUGGAUCUUUCUCGAAACUCAUUGGUCCUGGGGUCCGAGUAGGUUGGACUGAUGGUUCACCGGCUUUCGCCGUUGAGCUGUCUGAAGUGUAA